AUGGAUACAGACAACAACAAUGAAGGUCCUCGGGCUUCUGCUCCUCAACCACAACAAAUCUCAGGAGCUCUUCCUUUGCGAGGCCAGACCUCAGCAUAUAGAGGGCGUGGUCGUGGAUCAUAUCAUCGUGGAGGCUCUCGUGGUGGUGGAAUGAAUUCUUCUUACUCUGAACGCUCAACAACACCAGAACAUGCUCAACAUCAAAACGUGACCUCAAAUGAAAUUAGCUCACUGUUUAGUGAAUUUCGUGAAGUUCUUGACGAUACUUAUGAUAGACGAGAACGUAUUAUCAAAAUCAGCAGAGAUGUUACGAUCUAUAGCAAGAGACUCAUCUUUUUGUUGCAUCGAUGCAAUAUAAGGACACGAGACUCGGUAUUGGAAGAGGCUAAGGCCAAGCAGCAGGAAAUCAUUCAGCUGCUGAGACGCGUGUCGGUCGAUCUCACUGGAAGUGAUUUCUAUCGACAUAAGUUUGCAGUUCAGCCUGGAUUGGAAGAGUAUAUUGAAGCUGUGUCGUUUCUUGUGUAUCUGGAAUCUGGAGAACUUGUGAAACGUGAAGAUAUCAAUGCCCAGUUGGUUGAUGAACAUGGAACGCCUUUUCUGCAAAUUACAGAAGAGGACUAUCUUUUGGGCAUAACGGAUCUGACUGGAGAACUGAUGCGGCUUGCGAUAAAUGGAUUGGUGUCUGGAAGCCCGUCGACAGCUUUACAAGUGUGUCAAUUCUUGCGACAGCUGAAGGCAGACUUUGAGAUUCUCGACUUUCCACCCGCUCGAAGGAAGAUGAAUGAGAUGCGCAAUUCGUUGAAGAAAGUUGAAGAUGCAUGUUAUUCAGUCAAAGUACGUGGAUCAGAAUAUGGAACGCAACGGCGAUUACAACGAUUGUUCGGACAAACGGGUGGUGCUGCCCAGAUGCAGCCAGGAUUGGAUCAACCAACAGUCGAUACCGCUGAAAUGGUGCAUAUAUCCUCACUGGCAUUACUCAAGAUGCUCAAACACGGACGUGCCGGUGUGCCUAUGGAAGUCAUGGGUUUGAUGUUGGGAGAGUUUGUGGAUGAUUAUACUGUCAGAGUUAUUGAUGUAUUCGCCAUGCCACAAUCUGGAACUGGGGUCUCAGUCGAAGCUGUAGAUCCCGUCUUUCAAACCAAAAUGUUGGAUAUGCUGAAACAAACUGGAAGACCAGAACAAGUCGUCGGAUGGUAUCACUCUCAUCCUGGUUUUGGCUGCUGGUUGUCUUCAGUCGAUGUACAAACCCAACAAUCAUUCGAACAAUUGCAUCAACGAGCUGUAGCUGUAGUAGUAGAUCCUAUUCAAUCCGUCAAGGGCAAAGUCGUCAUAGACGCCUUCCGUCUCAUAAAUCCUCAGUCUCUCAUGAUGCAACAAGAGCCUCGUCAAACUACCAGCAACAUUGGUCACUUGAACAAGCCAAGCAUUCAGGCUUUGAUUCAUGGGCUCAACAGACACUAUUACUCGAUUGCCAUAAAUUAUCGAAAGAAUGAAUUGGAACAAAAGAUGUUGCUCAACUUGCACAAAAAGACAUGGACGUCAGGUCUCAUCCUGACAGACUUUAAUGAGCACUCUGAACAGAAUGAAAAGGCAGUCAAGAGCAUGUUGACUCUUGCUGAAUCUUACAACAAGUCUGUCAUUGAAGAAAUCACACUCACUCCUGAGCAAUUGAAGACUCGACACGUUGGUAAACAGGAUCCUAAACGUCAUCUGGAGGAAAUGGGCCAAGAGCUCAUGACCACCAAUAUUGUCCAGUGCCUGGCUUCUAUGCUCGACUCUGUAAGCUUUUAA